AUGCACGGGGUUGGGGCGGCGUACAGGCGCGGGCUGAGCCGCGAGGCGGCGCGGGGCCGGCUCGCUCGCCCAGGGCGGCAUGCGCGCUCCCAAACUCUCCUCGCUGCUGCACCCCGACUCUGGGCUGCACGGAGACCGCGGUUCAGUGAUGUCGCUACUGCUGCAGCCGCUGCUUUCCGGUGGGCUCAGCACCGCCACGCCACUGAAACAACAAGCAAAUAA